CGCCGGGCGGUUUCCAGGGUAACGGGAGCGGGGUCGGUGCCGGUACCGGGGUCGGUACCGGGCCAGUGUCGGGGCCGCGCCGCUCCCGCCGCUCCCAUGGCCUGUCACGAUGCCAUUUCAUGGUACCAGAAGAAGAUCGGGGCCUACGACCAGCAGAUAUGGGAGAAGGCCGUGGAGCAGACCCAGAUGAAGGUACCGGUACCGGCGGCGGGGAGGGGGGGAGCGGGCCCCGCGCCCCUCGCCGCCGCUGACUCGGCCCCGUGUUCCGCCCCGCAGGGCUUCAAGAACAAGCCGAAGAAAAAGGGGCACAUCCAGCCCGACCUGAUCGACGUGGAUCUGAUCAGCGGCUCUACCUUUGCCAAAGCCAAGCCCGAAAUUCCCUGGACAUCUCUGACGAGGAAGGGAAUUGUGAGAGUGGUGUUUUUCCCCUUGUUCAGCCAGUGGUGGAUACAGGUCACUUCCCAGCGCAUUUUUAUGUGGCUCUUGGUGCUCUACGUUAUGCAAGUCGUAGCAGUGGUGCUGUACUUCAUGGUGCCUGCUGUGAGUGCCAGUGAGGUGAUGGGGCCGCUGUGCCUUAUGCUGCUGCUGGGGACAGUGCACUGCCAGAUCGUGUCCACGCAGGUGAACAGAGCUGCAGGCAGCAACGGGCUCAGCCGGCGCCGCAGGAAGUUACGCAAGGCUGUGGGUGUGGAUGGGAACAGUUGGUGCUCUCCUGACAGAGCCAGCAAGGAGGAGCAGUCUGGCUCUGCAGCUCUGCUGACCAAUCUAUCCAGUCUGCUCUUCCAGAGGAGGAAUAGAAGAGCAAAGCUGGUAGCUGAGAAAUGGACUGAGACAGAAAGUGCUGUGAGUGCUACGGGUGAUGGCAUCAAAGCCAGACAGGCCAGAUCUGAGCACAGGCUGCUGCACUCCAAAGAGAAAAGUAAACUUUCUGAUGGGGAGAGGAGCCAUCAGGAGGAUGGCACCAACAGGGACGGUGUUUCUGACGAGCUGUCGAGCGAGGAGGACGCCGAGGAUGCCGAGGCCGCGGCACAGCGGCUCCUGCUGCGCCCCAGCAUGGAGGGGGCUUCCAGUGACAACAGCUACGAGGAGAAGAAGAGGAGGCCUCUGGUUUCUCUCAACCAGGCUGUCUCACAGGUCAAGCAAGCCCUGAAAGCUGCCAGAGACUCUGACAGUGUUGUGGAGUCUGAGCUGGAAUCCACAUUGUACAGGCAGGACCCCAGGGCGUGCCUGAGCGUGGCGCCGCGGAGCUGCGGCGGGAGCCGGCGGGACUCGGAGAGCACCCGGCAGGACUCGGAGACCGAGGACAUGCUGUGGGACGAUCUCCUGCACGGCCCCGAGUGCCGCUCCUCGGGCACCAGCGACAGCGAGGAGCGCUCCCGCAGGGACUCCCGCAGGGACCCCAAGGAGGACGUGUUCCAGCAGAACCAUCUGUUUUGGCUGCAGAACACCAGCCCAGCGUCUGCCAAAGUGAGUGCUCUGAUCUGGGAAGGGAAUGACUGCAAGAAGGUGGACAUGUCUGUGCUGGAGAUCAGUGGCAUUAUCAUGAGCAGGGUUAAUGCCCACCAGCAAGGAGUGGGGUAUCAAAUGCUGGGAAACGUCAUCACCAUCGGAUUGGCCUUCCUGCCAUUCCUCUACAGACUGUUCCGCACGGAUAACCUGGAGCAGCUCUGCUCCAUCUCUCUGAUGGAGCUUCUGCACAUCUUCUGUGGAGCCCCUGUCAGCACCCCUGUGCUCAUCCUGGCUGCCAUCAACUUCUUGGAAAGGCUGUGCUUGACCUGGAUGUUUUUCUUCAUGAUGUGUGUUGCUGAGAGAACCUACAAGCAGAGGUUUUUGUUUGCCAAGCUCUUCAGUCACAUCACAUCUGCUCGGAAAGCCAGGAAAUAUGAAAUCCCUCACUUCAGGCUCAAGAAGGUGGAGAACAUCAAGAUCUGGUUAUCCCUUCGCUCCUACCUGAAGAGACGAGGCCCCCAGAGGUCUGUGGAUGUUGUGGUGUCCUCAGUCUUUUUACUGGCCCUUUCAAUUGCUUUUAUCUGCUGUGCCCAGGUUCUUAAGGGCCACAAAACCUUUCUGAGUGCAGCUUACAACUGGGAGUUCCUGAUGUGGGAGGCAGCACUGCUCCUCUUCCUGCUACGUCUGGCAUCUCUGGGCUCUGAGACCAACAAGAAAUACAGCAACAUUUCCAUCCUGCUCACUGAGCAGAUAAACCUGUACCUGAAGAUGGAGAAGAAGCCAAACAAGAAGGAGCAGCUGUCUCUGGUGAACAAUGUGCUGAAACUGUCCACAAAGCUGCUGAAGGAGCUGGAUAGUCCAUUCAGGCUGUAUGGACUGACCAUGAACCCACUGAUCUACAACAUCACACGGGUUGUCAUCCUCUCUGCUGUCUCAGGAGUGAUCAGUGACCUGCUGGGAUUCAACAUCAGAUUAUGGAAAAUUAAACCAUGAACUGGCAGAACAUCAGCCCUGGGCAUCUCCACCAGCCACCAGAGAAGAGAACCAGCAGAAAGAGGAAAACUGACAGAAAUCUGUAAUUCCAAUCUUUAAACAGAUUCCCAGUGUGUGCAUCA